AAAACCAUCUCACCUGACACCACGUGAAUACUUUAUGCAGGGGAGGAGCAGUGUAUCGUGUUGGCAUGAAAUUCACAUUUUUUAUGCAAUUGUGACUCAGCAAAUGCGUCUUUCAAAAGUUAGUUGUCCACUGCGAGUUCUGGGAAUGUGUGAAUAAGUUUUGUCCGAUUGCAAACGAGCUGGCCUGGUUCAGGAAUCAUGGAUGCUGUGUUUUGUGGGAUUGUCAUACUACAAGUUUUUACAUCUGUCCUGUCCUUUCAAGACGGGGCACCAGGUUCAGCUUGUGCGGAUAUGAUGCCGAGGCACACAGGGGUACGUCCCCAGACGAACCCUGCUCCAUACACCAUCCAUCAAAGCAACACGACUCUCCAGACCGGCAAACCCAUCACAGUUGUAAUCGAAGGUCCAGAUUAUACGGGCGUGCUUCUUGAGGCUCGUUCUGGAUCCGACUCAAAAGCAAUAGGAACCUGGCAGACACCUCCAAAUAACACAAAGUUCUUAGCGUGUUCAGGAAACAAGCAAGGUGCCAUCACGCAUGCAAACUCCAACAUAAAAAACAACUCCACCGUCUACACCUGGAUUCCACCAGCUGCAGCGGAAAACAUCUUCUUCAUAGCGACUGUAGCCCAGCAGCGCACUGUGUUCUGGGUACAAGUGAGGUCGUCCACUUCAAGUGGAGGAGGAACGUCACUUGAUGUAAACAAUACUGCUGAAAGGAUUGUCACACCUGUCCUGAUACUUCCUGUUGUUCUGCUGGCAAAUGUUCAGUUUCUACUUGCUUAAGAAAGGUCCAGACUGAUUGAAUUAUACUAGGUCAGUUACCGUGUAUAAAAUAUUUAAUCAGCAUUAAACAUUUAGGCACACAAUUUUAUUUGCCCGACUCAUGUUUAGCAGAUACUUGCAUAUGCAUUUAAACAACAAUAAGAUCAAUUAAGAUAAAUAAAUAUAAUGCACCAUAAUGUUCUUUUGUGCUUGUUUAUGUAUGCAUUUAUUUUUAUUUUUGUAUGUACAUUAUCCCCUAUAAAUUCUAAUUUUGUUUGUCUACUCUGGUGAACAUUAUCCUGCUGAUUACACAACAAUUUACCAAGUGAAUAAGUAAAUGGACAUGAGCAAGCGAUUUAAAUGGAAACAGCUUUAAUUUAAGAAUGAAGCCACGGAGAGCAUAUGCAAAUGAAGUUUGGGACACAGUCACAAAGGCAAUAAUUUUGCAGCUUAUUUGCAUAGUUUACCAAGGCCCAUUGGGUGAUUAUUAUUAUUAUCAUUAUCCAUAAUGGUCACACUUAUUUUAAGGAGCAAUUCUCACUAUUAACUAAAUAUUAACUAUGCUUUUUGCCUCAGUAAACUCCUAAUUUGCUGCUUAUUAAUAGUUAGUAAGGUAGUAUAGCUCAGGUAUGGGGUGUAUUAAGGGAUUAAUUAUUGACAAGCAUUCAUAUGUCCUUUAUAAGUACUAAUAAACAGCCAAUAUGCUAAUAUGUAUGCUAGUUAAUUGUGAAAAUUGGUCGUUAAAAUAAAGUGUUACCAAAAUGCCACA